UGUAGUAUAUUUACACCCCAAAGAAUGUCCAUCCAUCCAUCCUCAACCGCUUGUCCGUUAAAUGGGUCGCGGGGCCAAAGAAUGUUUAAUAAAAAAUUAUUGACCAAUGAACCCAGCAACGUCAUUUUCUUCAACAUGUGAAAACUAAAGUAAGAACCAACUUAAUAUUCAUUAAGGAUAAAUGGAUACUAAGGCAUUAUUGAGAUUUUAGCAAUCAUCUAAUGAUACUCAGUCAAACACUUGUACACCUUAUUUUAGUGUAGAUUAGUUUAUUGAUUUAUAAAGCACAUUUAAAACAACAGAUGUUGAAACCAAAGUGAUGUACAAGAAAUAUAAAACAGAAUUAAAACAAAUUAAAAGAGUUUAAAAAAAAAAUACAAAGAAAAGACCAAUGAAACAAUUGACACCCUCAAUUAAAACAUACAAAUAAGUUUUCAAGGAGGAUUUAAACACAAAAACGGAAGGGGAAGAUCUAAUGUGGAGAGGAAGACUAUUGCAAAGCCUAGGAGCAGCCAGUGAGAAAGCCUUACAGCGUGAACGAGUAACUGAGAGCAGUAAUUGACUGGAUGAUCGAAGAUGUCUUGAAGCAGUGUACGGGGUGAGAAUAUCACAAAUAUACUGUGGAGCAAGUCCAUGCAAAGCUUUAAAACCAAAAAAGCAACAUUUUUUAAUCAACACGGAACUUGACCCUUAACCAGUGAAGAGAAGCGAGCACAGGUGUAAUGUGCUCAUGUUUUUUAGUGCCAGUUAGUAAUCUGGCUGCUGCAUUUUGUACCAAUUGUAUCAAACGAUCAAUAGUUGUUCUGGGCAAACCCAGAUAGAGCGAAUUACAAUUGUCCAACCUAGUUGUUAUAAAUGCAUGAAUAACAGUUUCGAGGUCCUUCUUGGAGAGCAUCAUCUUGAUUUUAUCGAUAGAUCUUAACUGAAAGAAGCUGCUUUUUACCACAGCACUAAUCUGCUUAUCAAAGCACAGUGUAGAGUCAAAAAUGACACCCAGGUUUUUGACACAGUCGCGCACAUUAGAAGAAACUUUGGAAGUUUGUUUUGUCUGAAUCAAUAAUGACACCGAAGUGAUUAUUUUUUAGUAGCAUUAACUCUUCUCAAUGGGCAAAUAAAAACCCACUCGACAAGUCCACCUUUUAAACAAUUGUGUAUGUUCAUAUUUGUAUAUUGGUGAGCUAAUACACAAUACACUUGGCCUGCUGUCUUGCAGUGUCAGUUAGGUGUUGUAAAGCUAAUUGCCUGUUUCUCAGUAUAAAACACUGCGUCUGCAGCUGUAAUUGCUUGCUUGACUUUUGGGCAACUGGUGUAAACAAAUGUGACAGAAGAGAUUUUUUUUCCAAUUACAAAAUAUGUCUGUUUGUGGGGAAAGGCGGUGGAAAACUGUGCAUUAGGAUAAAACAAUGCAUUUUUGCAAUUCAUGCAAAGAAAAACAAAUAUCUGUUUGUCUGAACCUGAUUAUCUGAAAUAAAUGUAACAAGCUUGUUUUUUUUUUUUGUUUUGUUUUGUUUUUACUGAGUGUACUUGUUUACAUUUUACAUUAAGCUUCAUUAUAACCAUCUGGAAAACUUUAGCAACCCCUCUGCACGGUUUUCCUUUCUCCAGGUAAUGGUUUUAAUGGUUAGCAGCUGAUGGUUUGUGAUGGUAUUUGUAGUGGAAACCAUUUGAAUUUCUGUAAUGGUUUCUAUUGUGUGUUUUUUUUUGUUUGUUUGUUUGUUGUCAGCAGGGAUGUGUUGAGGAUUUUGUUUUAUUAAUGGCAGGAAAGCUUAAAAAGAUAGUUCAUCAAAGCUUCUUUGGAUACUUUUACCCUAAAAGUAUAGGGAAUACAUUUAUUUUAUGUGUGUUUCUUGUUAUUAUUAUUAUUAUUAUUAUUAUUAUUAUUAUUUGCUGUUAAUUUGAUUGUUUUGCUAAACAUUUGUCUGUUAUUAUUUCAUUCAAUUCAAUUUUAUUUGUAUAGCGCUUUUAACAAUGGACAUUGUCUCAAAGCAGCUUUACAGAAACAGAUAAACACAGGAUACAGAUUUUAAGCGCGUGAAUUUAUCCCUAUUGAGCGAGCUGGUGGAGACGGUGGUGAGGAAAAACUCCCUAAGAUGAUAUGAGGAAGAAACCUUGAGAGGAACCAGACUCAGAAGGGAACCCGUCCUCAUCUGGGUAACAACGGAUUGUGUGAAAGUAAAAUAAAGUUCAUUAUGGUUUUUAUAUGGUUUUACUGUUCACUAAAGGAGAUCUGAGUGUGGUAAUUGCAGUCCUAAGGCAAUAGUAGCAACCGUAGUCCCAGCACCACAGCACAACUGUCCAUGUGAAAUUGAGGUCCAAAACCAUUUCCAUGGUACUUCAAGCUAUCUCAGCCAUCCACAGCCAUCCUCAGCCAUCUCCAGGCUGCACUGCUUGGGGUUGUCCUCAGUAGCAGAAUGUAGCCUCCAGUUGAGAACUCCAUCCAUUUAUUAUUUCAUUACACAAUUACAAAUUUUACAGGUGAAUUCUACAUUUUUGGUAAAAACGUUAGCAUACAGUACAUUUUCUCCAGGUUCUGCCACCAGGUGCAACUUUCCGUGCUGCUCGUCAUUUGCAGACUGCACACGCGCAACCCGCCGCGCACGCGCAUUUCCGCUUAAAGCGUCUAUUUUUGACAGCGCCGGGUUUUCUCAGUACACACUGGUCUGCUCUCCUCCUCCUCCUCCUCCUGUAACGGUGAAGAAGGUGGAGAAGAGGACUUCACCGCUUCGUGCGCUCUGGAUAGUGUGGACAUAAAUAGCUAAAUAUGGCAAAAGACGGAAAGGCUGGAGAUAUCAGAAUAAACCGAUAAACACGCCCGUCUCAUUCAUAUUAUUCUGAUAAUGAUGGGUUUAUUAUUAUUGUUAUUAUUAUUCGUUUUAGAUUAGCCUUUUUUUUGCUGCAUGAGGAGCAGAAAGCGGUUCAUAAAUUGAACAUGAAGUUCAAAUCUUAUACAGGGGAUGAGAAGACACGACUUGAUUUGAGCUCUGCCAGGAAGAUGCGCAUGUGAUGAUCGGGCUUCAGUGCGGAUGAUGUGGAGAGUGUUGCUGUAUUAGAGAAGAGGAGAGAGAGAAAGAGAGAGAGAGAGAGAAUGUGUUGUGAUGCUCCGUGAUCCUCCUACUCUUGUCUUCUCAACACCUGGAUUACGAGCGGAAUAAAACAGUCUAUGAAUUAAUCCAAUGGACAAUUACUCGACGAUUCAGUUGCAGUGUCUGGAGAUGACUACCAAGAGGAAGCUCAUCGGGCGCCUGGUGCCAUGCCGAUGCUUCCGUGGGGAGGAGGAGGUCAUCUCCGUGCUGGAUUACUCACACUGCAGCCUGCAGCAGGUGCCCAAGGAGAUCUUCAGCUUCGAGCGUACUCUGGAGGAGCUCUACCUAGACGCUAACCAAAUCGAAGAGCUUCCCAAGCAACUCUUCAACUGUCAAGCCCUGCGAAAAUUGAGUAUUCCUGAUAACGACCUUUCAACCCUGCCAACCACCAUCGCUAGCCUUGUAAACCUGAAGGAAUUAGAUAUAAGUAAAAAUGGCAUUCAAGAAUUUCCCGACAAUAUCAAGUGCUGUAAAUGUUUAUCAGUUGUAGAGGCCAGUGUAAAUCCCAUAACCAAACUCCCAGAUGGCUUCACUCAGCUCCUCAAUCUGACACAGCUCUUCUUAAAUGAUGCCUUCCUUGAGUACCUACCCGCCAAUUUUGGAAGAUUGUCUAAAUUACGCAUCCUGGAGCUUCGAGAGAAUCACUUGAAAACCAUGCCAAAGUCAAUUCACAGGCUGUCACAGCUGGAGCGAUUAGACUUGGGAAGCAAUGAAUUCACUGAGCUGCCAGAAGUUCUGGAGCAGAUUCAUAACCUAAAAGAGCUGUGGCUGGACAACAAUUCAUUACAGACAAUACCAGGGUCUGUAGGAAAACUGAGGCAGUUGCGCUAUCUUGACUUGGCCAAGAACAGGAUCGAGAGUCUUGAUGCAGACAUCUCUGGGUGCGAGUCUCUAGAGGACCUCCUGCUCUCGUCUAACAUGCUGCAGCAGCUGCCUGAUACGAUAGGAAUGUUGAAAAAGUUAACAACAUUAAAAGUUGAUGACAACCAGCUCACCUCACUGCCUAACACCAUCGGAAGUUUAUCGCUCUUAGAGGAGUUUGACUGUAGCUGUAAUGAACUGGAGUCUUUGCCCCCAACCAUUGGCUACCUGCACAAUCUCCGGACCUUUGCGGCCGAUGAGAACUUCCUGACGGAGUUGCCCAGAGAGAUUGGAAACUGCAAGAAUGUCACGGUUAUGUCCUUGCGCUCCAAUAAGCUGGAAUUUCUGCCUGAUGAAAUUGGACAGAUGACGAAGCUGCGUGUUCUCAAUCUCAGUGACAAUAGAUUGAAGAAUCUUCCCUACACUUUCACUAAACUGAAAGAUUUGGCUGCACUCUGGCUAUCUGACAAUCAGUCCAAAGCCCUUAUCCCCCUGCAAACAGAAGCUCAUCCUGAGACCAAACAGAGGGUGCUUACAAACUACAUGUUUCCCCAGCAACCACGGCAUGAUGAAGAUUACCAGUCAGACACCGACAGCUUCAACCCCGCUCUCUGGGAGGAACAGAGGCAGCAGAGGAUGACUGUGGCGUUUGACUUUGAGGACAAGAAAGAGGAGGAGGACAACUCUGCAAAAGUCAAGGUUGAGAUUAAUCUGAAACGAUAUCCCACCCCUUACCCAGAGGACCUGAAGAACAUGGUGAAGUCAGUGCAGAACAUGGUGGGGAAAUCCACUCACCCUCUGAGCACAGAUAAAUGUUCCUCAGGCACCAACAUGGAGCUCCAUAGCACAGAUGCAUAUGAGCCCAAAUGGCCCAUGGCACCCAAGGAGGUGACCGAGAGGGAUGUUCAAGAAUUCUCCAAGCCUCCUCUACCAGAGCAAGGUGUCAUCAUGAAUUCGGCAAUUGACAUCCCAAAGCGGAAGGACAAGGAGGAUCUAAAUGAAAGCUCUGAGAUUGCUUUACAUCGCAUCGUUCCCAAGCCUCAACAGCCAGAGAAUACAAGCUUGGCCCUUACUUCCUCUUCCUGUUUCUGCCUCAUAGAUUCCAUGGGAGGUUCACCUAAUGAUAUCCGGAUUUCUGACAUGAGACCAACUCUGGUGGAACCCCCUAUGUACAAGCCAAAGGUUGUAUUGCUGGGAAAAGAUAAAAAAGAAUCCAUCGAUGACUCAGACCCAGACAAAAUGCACUGCAUGAACAACAGUGGAUCAUCAGCCACCUACUCAGACUACUCCCCCUCGCAGGGCUCUUCUGGAUCCUCCAACCCUCCUGGCAAUGUCAGCUCCAUGCAGAGUGCUGCCAAAGAGGGUCCAUCACAGACCCACUGGACUAACAGACUUGCUCAGUCUUUCCCAAAGCCCAUAGAAACAAAGCCUCUGCUCAGCCACAGAGAGACGCCCCCCUCCAGUACCCUGCAGCAACGGGGUGAGAGACGGCCACUCAGUGACACCUUCGACAGCUGGAAUGAUGCUCCCCACUAUGACAAUACUGGGUUUGUAGCAGAGGAGACGCCAGUUGAUACUCCCAGCGGCAGUAGUGGGAACCCCAUGCUAGGCACAAAGCCUCGUAGUGCUUCAGCAGCACAUGGGCGACGGCCUCUCAUGAGACAGGACCGCAUCAUGGGGGUCCCAUUAGAGUUGGAGCAGACACCACACUCUUUCCGUACAAAUCCUGAUGCUGAAGUGCCUCCUCCCCCUCCCUCAAACCCCUGGCAGAAUUGGACGAGGACUCCCAGCCCAUUUGAAGAUCGUACAGCGUUCCCCUCCAAACUGGAAAUUACCCCAGCAAACAGCCCCAACCCUGAUCGCAAAGACUUUGAGCAGGAGAUGGGUGAACUACCUGGCACUUUCCCCUCUUCAGGAGCCUGGGGAUUCCUGGACUCCAGAAACUCAGGGACAGGGCAAGGUCAGCCUAAUGUCUUUGCACAUGUUCAAGGUCGUAAUGAACCAAAUAAGGGCAACACCAUGGUCAUGAGCAAGAGCUCUGAGAGAAUUUCACCAAUGAUGAAGGAGGUAAAGUCAAAAUUUAAGAAGUCCCAGAGCAUAGAUGAAAUUGAUAUCGGAUCAUACAAGGUGUACAGUAUUCCCUUGGACCAUUACAGCUCUAGCAUAGAGAAUCAGGGUAGUGUGGACAGAGCGGACCUCCCAGGACCUCUCGAACAGAGCAUGUCCAGGAGCCAGUCUGCUCCCAUGCUGGAUGAUGAUCUUGACAGCUUCUGCACAAAUAAAUCUCAGCAGCAGAAACCUGCUAUCCCAAAAAAGGUUUAUCAAUUUGACCAAAGUUUUAACCCUCAAGGAGCUAUGGAUGUGAUGAAAGCAGAACGGAGGGUCCCUCCACCAUUUCCCAAUACGCCUGAAUAUGUGAAUCAACCAGGCAAGACACUGCCAAAGGAGCUUAUUAGCCCCCGAGGCUACCGGGGCUAUCAACCAAUGGAGCAAAUGUUCUUUUCGCAGCCACCUGUCACUAAUGAUGCAGUUCCUCAACAGUUUCCCGCCCAGCCUCAACGGUCCCGUCCAGGUUUCCUGCGACGGGCUGAUUCCCUGGUAAGUUCUACAGAGAUGGCAUUGUUCCGCAGGGUAGCAGAAGCCCAGGAGCACCAAAUGGCAGAGCAUUACAACAGACCCCAACAGCUUAAAGCCAUGAUGGAUGCACAGAAUAACUUGUCCACCAUGGCAGAUUCACAGUUCCACAAAAGGAAUGGUAGGUAUGAAGAGGAAUACUCAUCUUAUCAAGAACCUAAAAAGCCUAUUAUGGGAUACCCCACAAAGAGUCUGACACAGCGACGCCCACUGUCUGCACGGAGCUACAGUACAGAGACUUAUGGGGCAUCACAAGCUCGACCAGUGUCUGCGCGCCCCACCAUGGCUGCCCUGCUAGAGAAAUUGCCUUCAGAUUAUAAUAUAAGUACAUGCACUGAGAAGAGCCCUGACACUGACAUGAAGAUGAGGCCUGUUCCACAGAAACCAGAGGACAUGACCUCCAAAAUGCCAGUGGACUGGAGACAACAGCUCCUAAGGCACAUAGAGGCAAAACGGCUAGACCGGAGCGCUGUCCUUAAGCACAACACAGUAAACUUCGGCAUGCUGUACUCUGGAGGCUAUGCUGCACCGCAUGCCAGCAGAAGCAUGACAAUAAACUUUUACAAUAACACAAAGCAUGAAAACCAAACAACUCAGUGGCUACCUCUACCAAAUACUCCAUCGCAACAGAGCAAUAUUUUAGAUAACGGUCAAGAGGUGGUCUCUCCCACCACACAGUGGGCCCCCUACUCAUUAGGACGAAGAGAUGUACCUCCUGACAACACCAUCAUCAAAAAGGCUGUGGUCCAUCAUUCUCACCAACAGCAGGGCAUCAUGGGAAGCGGAGCCACAGCACCACACCGAGGAGGACACCAGCAGUACGAGGGAGCCAUCAAUAAGGUGUCCAUCCAGCAGUACCAGUCACCUCUGGCGCCGACCACCAGCCCCCGACCACAGAGUGCCCGCUGCUUCAUCCAGACUAAAGGCCAGAAAAGCAUGGACGGCUUUCCAGAACAGUUCUGUGUUCGGAUUGAGAAAAACCCAGGCCUCGGUUUCAGCAUCUCAGGGGGAAUCAGUGGGCAGGGGAACCCCUUCAAACCCUCAGACAUGGGUAUCUUUGUUACUAGGGUACAGCCUGAUGGACCCGCCUCCAAUGUUCUUCGACCGGGGGACAAAAUUCUGAAGGCCAACGGACAUAGUUUUUUACACAUCGAACACCAAAUGGCAGUGUCUCUACUGAAGAGUUUCCCGAAAGCUGUGGACUUGGUCAUUUUAAGGGAGAGCACAAUGUAAAUAAUUUUGUAACGCUGACUUCUUGCUCAAAAGGAACACAGGACCUUGUACAUCAAGUUUUUAUCUAGGAACAAUUUUGCCAAU